AUGUUCCUCAUAGGUAUAUUUUGGAUGACUGUACUUAUCUCUCAGAUCAAAGAAAAAGUGAUUGUUGGAGUAGAGGGUCAAGAACUGGUUCGUCCUAAAAAGCUUCCCCUUAUACAGAAGAGGGAUCUUGAACACAUCCAUGACUCUGAUACACCGGAAACAUAUGAAGAAGAAGUGUUGUAUGAAAUAAAAUUGGGAAGAAAAGCAUUAAUCCUUCACCUUCUGAAAUCAAGGGAAUUUCUCACCUCAAAUUACAGUGAGACAUACUACAAUGUAAAGGGAGAGAUGAUCACCAGACAGCCACAGAUCUCGGAUCACUGUUUUUACCAAGGUUCUAUCAUACAUGAAUUUGAUUCUGCUGCUAGUAUCAGUACUUGUAACGGUCUGAGUGGCUUCUUCAGAGUGAAUGAGCAACGGUAUCUCAUUGAACCGGUAAAAUACUCGGAUGAAGGAGAGCAUAUGCUGUUCAAAUACAAUGUUAAGGCACCAUAUGCUACUAAUUAUUCCUGUGCGGGGCUCAAUUUUACCAAGAAGUUUUCUCUGUUGGAUGCUAAGAAUAUAAAAGAGCACAAAGUGGAAGGAGUCCAUAAAGAAAAAUUCAUUGAACUGUUCAUUGUUGCUGAUGAUUAUGUGUACCACAGGAAUAGUAAACCUCAAACCAAGCUAAGGAAACGAAUUUGGGGAAUGGUUAAUUUUGUCAACAUGAUUUAUAAAACCUUGAACAUUCAUGUGGCAUUGGCUGGCCUUGAAAUAUGGUCUUCUGGAGACAAGGUAGAAAUAUCAUCAAAUCUAGAAACUGCCUUAUUGCGUUUUUCAACUUGGCAAGAAACGGUUCUUAAAAAAAGGAAGGAUUUUGACCAUGUGAUUUUACUGAGUGGGAAGUGGCUCUACACACCUAUGCAAGGAAUUGCUUACCCAGGGGGGAUGUGUCAGACCCUUCGUUCAUGCAGCAUUGUUAAGGAUCUUCUACCAGAUGUGAAUAUAAUCGGGAACAGAAUCGCACAUCAAUUGGGGCAUAGCCUGGGCAUGCAACAUGAUGAGUUUCCAUGCACCUGCCCUGUGGGAAAAUGUGUGAUGGGUGGUAGUGGAAGCAUCCCCGCAAUAAAAUUCAGUAAAUGCAGCCAGACCCAAUACCAGCAAUAUUUGAAGGAUCAGAAACCAGCAUGCAUACUAAACAAUCCACUUCCUGCUGAUUUUAAUGAGUUUCCGUUUUGUGGGAACAAGAAGGUAGAUGAAGGAGAAGAGUGCGACUGUGGAACAGUUCAGGAAUGCACCAGUCCUUGCUGUGAUGCACGCAAAUGUGUCCUGAAGCCAGGCUACACUUGUGUGGAAGGAGAAUGCUGCGAAUCAUGUCAGAUUAAGAAAGAAGGGGCCAUAUGCAGACUAGCAAAAAAUGAAUGUGAUUUUCCUGAAGUGUGUACUGGCCACUCCCCUGAGUGUCCUAAGGACCAGUUCCAGACCAACGGGUUUCCUUGCAAGAAUGGGAAAGGCUACUGUUUUAUGGGGCAGUGUCCCAUUCUGGAUGAUCAGUGUUCAGAGUUGUUGAGUAAUGGUGCACAGGAGAGUCACAGUCUUUGCUACAAGAUGAAUAAAAAAGGAAACAGAUUUGGAUACUGCAAAAAAAAGGGAAACACAUUUGCUCCCUGUGAAGAGAUUGAUCUCAAAUGUGGGAAGAUAUUCUGUACUGGAGGGCAGCGUUCAACUCUCCUUGGAGAGGAUAAGACAUAUAACCUUAAGAAUCCCAAACAGAAUGUGACCAUCAAAUGCAAAACCACGGUUUUAUACCACAAUUCUAGAGACAUUGGCCUGGUUACUUCUGGAACAAAAUGUGGAGAGGGAAUGGUUUGUAGCAAUGGUGAAUGUGUACAAAUGGAAAAGGCCUACAAUUCAACCAGCUGCUCCUCCCAGUGUAAUGAAAAUGAUAUGGAUGACCAAGGACAUGAAUGCCAGUGUGAGGAUGAGUCAAUAAUAACUGACUGGGGAGAAGCUUUAAACCUUACCAGUGUCUCUGUCAUGGCCAUUGUGCUUAUCAUGGUCAUUAUUGGUGUUGGACUCGUCUUAUUAUUAGUUCGUUACCAGAAAUGCAUCAAGAUGAAGCAAGUUCAAAACUCUCCUAGAGAAAUGCAUGGAGUGGAGAAUAAAGCAUACUUCCCUGAUGAGCACCAUACAAGGAGUGAACCAAUCCUGACAGAUAUCCAUCCCCUACAUAGUACAGCAGAGACCCUGGAAAGCCUUCCAUCCAGCUUUUCAAGUCCUCACUACAUCACACUGAAAUCUAUCAGCAAGGACUCAAGAGGAAUUGCAGAUCCCAAGCAAAGUGAUAAUGUGAACUUGAAACUGGAUAUCCAAAACGGCUGUGCAAGACUGGGAUGA